GACACGCGGGAGUUCUUGGGACGUCAGCAUGGCGGUGUUUGCAGAUUUGGACCUGAGAGCGGGUGCUGAUGUGAAAGCCCUUCGCGGACUAGUCGAGACCGCUGCUCACCUUGGAUAUUCAGUUGUUGCCAUCAAUCAUAUUGUUGACUUUAAGGAAAAGAAACAGGAAAUUGAAAAACCAGUAGCUGUUUCUGAGCUCUUCACCACUUUGCCAAUUGUACAGGGGAAAUCAAGACCAAUUAAAAUUUUAACUAGAUUGACAAUUAUAGUUACAGAUCCAUCUCACUGCAAUGUUUUGAGAGCAACUUCUUCCAGGGUCCGGCUAUAUGAUAUUGUCGCGGUUUUUCCAAAGACAGAAAAGCUUUUUCAUGUUGCUUGCACACAUUUAGACGUGGAUUUAGUCUGCAUAACUUUAACAGAGAAACUACCAUUUUACUUCAAAAGACCCCCUAUUAAUGUGGCAAUUGACCGAGGCUUGAGCUUUGAACUUGUCUAUAGCCCAGCUAUCAGAGACUCCACCAUGAGGAGGUACACCAUAGCCAAUGCCCUCAAUUUGAUGCAGAUCUGCAAAGGAAAGAAUGUAAUUAUAUCCAGUGCAGCAGAAAGGCCUUUGGAAAUAAGAGGGCCUUACGAUGUGGCAAACUUAGGUUUGCUGUUUGGACUCUCUGAGAAUGAUGCCAAGGCUGCCGUAUCCACAAAUUGCCGAGUGGCGCUUCUCCAUGGAGAAACUAGAAAAACUGCUUUUGGAAUUAUUUCUACAGUGAAGAAGCCUCGAUCCUCAGAAGGGGAGGAUGAUUCUUUUCCAGUCUGCAAGAAAGCUAAAUGUGAGGGCUGAAGGGGAUGACUCAGUCUGUAACCCUGCCUUCUUCCCCUUCACACUUCAUCCUCAAUGGAAAUAAAACUUUUGCAAGAUA